UGACGAACGCUGUGGGAGGGGGUGAGGUGGGCGCGAGCUCCCGGAUGCUGUGGGGCAGCGCCGGGGGUGGGAGAUGUGCCCUGAUCGGCAGAAUAAAACAACAGCGCCUAAAUAGCAAAAUAAUCACCCAGCUCGCCCGCCCGAGGCGCGGCCCCCGCCCCACCUGGUCGCUGUAAAGCACCGUGUGAACAGGAGGUGGUUUUUUUUUGUUUGUUUUUAUUUUUUUUCCCCGGCCGUGCAGGAUGAGCGCCGUGCCUGAGGAAGUUAAGGCAGAAGACGGCCAAGCGGAGCCUGAGAAAAAGCUCUUCUACUGCGAAGUUUGUAAAAUUUACUGUAUGUGCGCUAUAAGUCUUCAGUCACACUACCGUGGUGCAAAGCAUAGGAAGCAAGAGAAAGCCCUGAGACGCAGGAAUCUCUAUUUGUCUUUUGAACCUCUCAGCCUUUUUGAGCCAAGUUGAUCAGAGGUGCCUGAAGAUACACAUCUGCACAGGGAAGAGUGAUGGUGUCAGUCCUGUACUGAGGGAAGUGCUGCAGGCUGAGCUCACCACUUGCUGGACCCUGAAGAAUCAACACCCAAGAAAGAUCUGGGAAAAUGCUGGUCAGAGGCCCUUUCCCAAGAGACUGAGCUUCAUUAGCUGCUCUCAGGGUUUUGUGCUGAUGAGGGAAUUAGUGCAAGACGUGUCAUUCAAGUUCAGAACAGUUACGAGAUUUCACCUCAGCACCUGUGACUGCUGUAUGGUAACGAAGCUCUCUGACAGAAUUUGAGGAGUUGUGAAAACUUUCAAGUCUUCUCAAAGUCCAGUGGAUUCAAGCGCUACAAAUUUGUAUUUACACCUCAGCAAUAAGGACAGAUUUGUGUAGCUCUGGUCAAGGGCUUGUAGUGGAAGACACUUUCUACAGAUUUCUUUGAAUUUUGUGUCGGAAAUGAUCAUUGAAAGUAAUACUCAUUAAGGGAAGAGGUUCUUUCUUCAAGAUCAUGAAAUCUGGUGUUCGAGGAAUAAUGUAUGGGAUGCAUGUGGCAGAAAGACUUGAAUAGGAGGACAGAAGUAGUGGCAGCAAGGCUGUGAAAAGAGUGGUGCAGUGCAGGAGCCUGUUGCAAAGACCUAUGGCUUUAGAAAACUGUGCUGUAUGUACUGCAGUCUCAGUGUUCCAUGGAGAGUUAAAAAUUAAUCCAUGAGUUAAGAAUGUGAGCAAGCUACAAGUACUGUAUCUUUGGAAAUGUCAUGACUUGGAAUCUUUCAACUGGGAUGUGUCCUGCAGAACAAGAAGUCAAAAUAUCUAAAUAAAUUGAAGAAUGUAGAAGCUUUGGUAAGCAAGUUAGCUGUGACUUCUGGAGGAGUCUCAACAUCACAGGGCACCACAUGUCAGAAGCAUUGCAAGAUAUGCUUUUAUCCAGAAAGUUCUCUGCCUCAGGAAUAAUUUUGAAGUGAUCAGAAACUUACUUCUAAUAAAAAACUAUUAUUAAUACUACUGAUGUCUCAUUUAUUCUUCUGUCUCUUGCAUUCUACUUCACUGAAGGUCAAUUUGCAAGCCACAGGUUCUUCAGCUCUAAUCCAAGUUCCAAUGAAGUACCGAGUGCUCAGACGAGUGAAGAGAUCAUUCACAGGGUACAUAACCUGUCUGAAGGAUUUUAUGAAUGAUCCCAGAAGAGAAGAGCCUCUAAUUGGUUUAGAGCAUGUGGUUGAAGUCAGAUUUGAAGGAAGAAGAGAACCACGUUACGAGUGCAGGCUGUGUGGGUGUAAUUCAGAGGUGGCACCUAUGAUAGAGCAUCUUAGUGGAUAUAAACACAGAAGAGAAUACAUUUCUAAAGAAUUUCCAGAUAAAAUGAGGAGAAAACCAACAGAUGCAAAAGAAUGCAAAGUCUCGUUUUUCAGACGAAUAGCAGGAGAGCUAGAGAAGAGUGAAGGAUUAAAAAUGUAUAAGACAGAAGGUUACACAAGACCAGCUACCUCAUCCCCAUUGAAGAAGAAAGCAAGGUGGGAAGAUGAUUAUAAGCAUGAGAAUGAUCCUGUUCGGAAACAGAAAGCUCUGGAGUUCUUGGAGACUUUUCACAUCACCUCAGACUCAGAAGCAACACUUGUUGUCCGCAUUACACAGGAACUCAUGGAGGCUUUGAAGGCUUUUUGUGAAAAGAAGGCAGCAGAUAAUUACACCAACAGUUUAGGCCCACUGAUGUCAGUGCCUCAAGAUGAAUUUCCAGAAAGGAAAAGUGUCCCAGAACACUAUGGGCCAGAUGUAGAAUACAAAGGAGGUUCUGACUGGAAUCAAGGUUUCUUGUCUCAGUAUGAAGAGUGUUCUGAAGAUGCUUCUUUUGCUCCUGCUCACUCAGACAGUUACCAAGCAGGUGAUGGAUCAUCCUCCUGUCAUCUGACAUCUGACAACUUUGCAAGUAUGUCUGUGCUCGGGGACUCUGCUGCUGUUGAGCCGGAUACUCCUGCCAGUGGUGUCAGCCAGUGGCUGAGACAUCUGAGAAACUCUGUGCCCUGCACAAAUUCAGCUGCUGAGGCCUCUUCAUACCAGAGCAGCCCAGUGAAGGAGUUCUCAGCAGAAUACAUAUCCAAUGAUGGACAAGGAAGUGAGCUCUGUGAUAACAGACUCUCAUUUGGCAGAGAAGAUACUAAAUGGAGGAAUCAACAAGUGUGUACCAAAGCAAGGCAUAUAAGUGACCAAGAAUUAUCCUACCCCAAUUCUUCUGCCUCGUAUCCUUCAUCUGGAAGAUACUUUACAAACUAUGCUUCACAAAACUAUUCCUCUUACAAGAGCUAUGAGUCUGUGAACACUUGUACAUCUUCUGCAAAUUUGGCAGUUUCAGGAAGAGGUGGCUCCAGGUGGCACCAGGACACUAGGUGGAAUGAGUGGAAUGAGGACUACAGGUGGAAUGACGAUUCUAGCUGGAAGCAGGAAUCUAGGUGUCAAGAAUUCAGGUAUCAGAAAUCAGGCUACCAGAGAGACUGGAGCUCACAUCAGGACUCAUUUUCUGGCAGUGGUUCGUACCAAGAUCACCAGCAGUUCAGAAGCUCAGAAAAGAUGUUUGAUGGAGUCGAUGUUGGUCUUGCUCCCAACACUGUGAACAGGCUACUGGGAAAGGAUGUACCUACAAUGACCAGGACGCUCAAACAGCUGGCUCCAUAUUAUCCAGCACUUCAAAAAAUAAAUAUUCAGACAUUCGUCAAUGUGCUGAUAGAAGCUAGAGAGAAAGAUUAAGGAGCAACAGCUGAACUGGAAACAGAUGAAGUGCUUUGAGAAUCUCCAUCACUUGGCUUUCAGGAAAGAGACUGCAUUUAACUCUGUGUUUGACUGGCUUGGGAGAGGUAAAGGGAGGUAGGGUUUAAGUUUUUAACACGUGAAAUAUAGCUGGAACAUGAACUUGCACAUAAUGGGUACAUACUAUUUUGUUUAGGCUUUUUGUAAUGUAUUUGUUAUAUCUUAGUAUAUUUCAGAAAAAAAUAUCUUUUGUUAUUUUUUGAAAAUAUGUUAAAAUUACUCUGUCAACAAAAAGCUAAUAAUCCUUUUAAUACCCUUCAAUUCAGAAGAGAAAGAAAGGUUUACUUUUAUGCUACCUACUUAGGAAGAAUGUUAAUUGAAAAUACAGGUUUACUUUUCUUCACACAAAUGUAAGGCCAGUUCCAUUAACUUGAGGCUUUAUAAUGCCCAUAUUUUUAGAAAUUGAUACACUACAUUUCUGUUUGGACAAAGAAAGGAGAAUGUCACAGCAUAGGUAUUCGCUAUCUUAAUGUGAUGCUAUAUGAGGAAAAUGUAAUCUGACUAGAGGACUGGUAUGUAACAGGGCAUAUCAGUUUCAAUUUCCAGAGUAAGAAAUGGUGUGAAAUACGUGCAGAUUUUUAAAUCAUGUUGUUCAAGAUGAAAUAAUUAUAAAUUAUCUUAAAAACUCAUUUGGUGGAUGGACCCAUGGUAAAAUAAAAAUUCUCGAUUCUUUCUACUGGCAAAAGCAUAUUAACAAAUGGUAGAACCCAUAAGGCAAUCAGAUAAAAUAACAGGAAAAAGUAAACAAAAUGUAGUAGUAACUGAGUAGUACUUACCAGUUCAUCAGGUGUAUCAGAGCUCCAUGUUCAUGAAUGCCUGGCUUUAGAUAUCUGCUCUAUGUAAUUAAAACCAGUUUACAUGGAGCUAAAGAAAAGAAGUAAAGUGAGACAGUUUACUCCU